AUGGAGUCGCAGAUUUGGGAGACCGUUCCAAUUCGACAGAAGAACACCUGGGAGCAUCCACGAUGUAGACAAUGGUACACUCUGGACCAUCGUCCGACAGAGAGACCGCAGAGACGUCCUGAUCACACACUCCGCCCCCGGAGCCGACGAGUGCUGAACGGACCAUCGAUUGCUUAUCAGGAGUUUGAUCUAUCUAUCUAUCUAUCUAUCUAUCUAUCUAUCUAUCUAUCUAUCUAUCUAUCUAUCUAUCUAUCACAGUCUGUUCAAAUCUAUCUAUUCAUAUCUAUCCUAGUAUCUUCAUAUCUAUUAUAUAUCUAUCUACCAAAGCCUGUUCAUAUUUAUCUAUCUAUCUAUCUAUCUAUCUAUCUAUCUAUCUAUCUAUCUAUCUAUCUAUCUCAGGGAAAUUUUCUGUCUAUCUAUCUAGCUAUCCAGCUUAUCUAUGGAAAGAAUGAAUCAUAUAUCCAUCACAUACCUUUUAUUACAUUAUAUUGUUAUCUAUCUAUCUAUCUAUCUAUCUAUCUAUCUAUCUAUCUAUCUACUAUGCGGUACAUAACACUAACUAUCUAUUGUUUUGUUCCUAAUAUCUAUCUAUCUAUCUAUCUAUCUAUCUAUCUAUCUAUCUAUCUAUCUAUCAAAAUAUCACAAUAUCACUAG